AUGGGAGAUGAAGGAGUUAACAAUGACAGCACCGCACAAGUUGAGAAGAAGCACAACCAGGACCACACCACCACCACCACCACCACCAAUCUGAAAGAGCGGAAGGUCUCAUGGGCAAAGCUGCGCCGAGUGGACUCUCUUAAUUUGGAGGCUGGAAGAGUUUCUUCUACUCCAAACCAUAGCUCCAAGGCAGAUUGGAAGAGGACAUUGAGUUUGGCAUUUCAGAGCAUAGGAGUAAUAUAUGGUGAUAUAGGGACGUCUCCUCUCUACGUGUUUUCCAGUACUUUCCCAGAUGGGAUUCACAACACCGAUGACAUUUAUGGGGUGUUGUCCUUCAUCAUCUAUACCAUAGCUCUCAUCCCCUUGCUCAAGUAUGUCUUCAUAGUAUUGUGGGCCAACGACAAUGGCGAUGGCGGGACAUUUGCACUCUACUCCUUGAUAUGUCGGUAUGCAAAGGUCAGCCUAAUUCCAAAUCAACAACCAGAGGACAGGGAGCUAUCCAACUAUAGACUGGACACACCAUCCAACCAAUUGAAAAGAGCUCAAAAGAUCAAGCAGAAGCUAGAGAGCAGCAAAAUUGCAAAAAUAGUGCUCUUCCUGGUCACCAUCCUGGGAACAUCCAUGGUAAUUGGCGAUGGGGUUCUAACUCCAUGCAUCUCAGAUCCAAUUUACUGGCCAACAUUUGUUGUGGCUGUUGCUGCGGCUAUUAUUGCAAGCCAAGCAAUGAUAUCUGGAGCCUUUGCAAUUAUCUCUCAGUCCUUAAGACUAGGUUGUUUUCCAAGGGUUAAGGUUGUUCAUACUUCUGCCAAGUAUGAGGGCCAGGUUUACAUACCAGAAAUCAACUACUUGCUUAUGGUUGCUUGUGUUAUCGUCACUUUUGCCUUCAAGACCACUGAAAAGAUCGGCAAUGCAUAUGGAAUCGCCGUUGUGGCUGUAAUGGUGAUCACAACAUGUAUGAUCACCCUUAUAAUGCUAGUUGUAUGGAAGACAAGCAUAUGGUGGAUUUCUCUGUUCUUUGUGGUGUUUGGUUCUAUAGAGUUCAUUUAUUUAUCUUCUGUCCUGUACAAAUUCAAACAGGGUGGCUUCCUCCCACUGGCCUUUUCUCUUGUGCUGGUGAUAGUAAUGGGAAUAUGGCAUUAUGUACACAAACAGAGAUACAUGUUUGAGCUCAAUAACAAGGUUUCCAGUGAUUACAUCCGAGACUUGGCAAAAAACCAGGAUCUAAUCCGUGUUCCUGGAAUUGGACUAUUGUACUCUGAGCUUGUACAGGGCAUUCCUCCUAUAUUUCCUCACUUCAUCUCCAACAUACCCUCCAUCCAUUCAGUUCUUGUUUUAGUCUCAAUAAAGUCCAUUCCAAUCAGUAAAGUGGCACUGGAGGAAAGGUUCUUAUUUCGGCAGGUUGAGCCAAGAGAUUACCGAAUGUUUCGUUGUGUGGUGAGAUACGGAUACAAGGAUAAGAUUCUUGAACCCAAGGAGUUCGAACAACAGCUGGUGGAGCACUUGAAGGAGUUCAUCAGGCACGAACACUUCAUUCUUGAAGGUGGGCUCAAUGAACAAAUGGCUGAGCCAAUAAACAAUGAGCACUCUUCUCCAUUAGUGAAAGAUGCAAAAGUAAGAGGAUCCAGUCCAUCCACAGUUCACAUUGAGGAAUCCUUGCAACAGCAAGACAUGUCACGUUUCUCUUCAAGCUCCAUUCAGUCAUUCAACGCAGCUAAGUCAACACACUCUUCAAGUCGAACCAUCACUGGGCGUAUCCAGGAAGCUGAAGAAGAGAUCCAGUUCGUGCAGAAAGCAAUGGACAUAGGAGUAGUUUAUCUUAUUGGAGAAGCAGAAGUGAUUGCAAAACAAAAUUCAUCAGUACUCAAGAAGAUUGUUGUCAACUAUGCCUACAACUUCCUGAGGAAGAAUUUCAGGCAGGGAGAGAAAGUCAUAGCAAUUCCUCGGACCAGACUUCUGAGGGUUGGAAUGACCUAUGAGAUAUAAGAUACAAGCCUACAUUUAAAAAAUCAAAGGUAGUGCUAUGCUUUGAUACUUCAAAGUUUCUGAU